AAUGCGCCACGCUUCAGCGCGCUCUCUGAAGGGAAUAAGUGGGAGUGGGCGAGGAGAGGGACCACAGUACGGAGGAAGAUCCAGUCGGAUAAGUAGCUCGUCACCAAGAAACGGGAGGGCAUCGUCACCGAGGUCCACUGCACCUGCUGCAACUUGCUGCCACACGGCACAAACAUCCUCCUCAUGUCCAGCGGGUGAGUCACGCGACACUAUGAAUGCACUUCUCUGUUUUCUUCACAGGGGUACACGAUCUUUCUCUCAUAUGUCAUUAUUCUUUACCAGGAAGACUGGCAUAUUGAGAUUGCCACCAGAUUAUUCUGUUAUGAUGCUGUGCGGUCAACUGUCAAGGAAACAAAACACCCGAAAGAUUAUUGACCAGAGAAGGAAAAAAAUCAAUAGUCACACAAUCUUCCUGCGUUCAAAUUGUUGAUAAAUUAGGAAUAAGCAUUUUGAACUUAUCUUGCGCACAGAGGAGGCAGUUGGGCUUCACGGCAGAUGGGGAGACAAAAGGAGAAACCGAGUGAAAAACUGAGACAAAGGACGUUAGAAAUAAUUUUGUCUCGACACCGGCUGCGUCUGCUUCACAAUUGGGACGCUUAAUUUAAUCAGAAAAUCCAUAAAAUAGUGUACUUAUUUUUUUCUUCUAAUAUUGCUUGCAAGACAAUCCAGAGUGGGUUCAGAGCAUCUGAAUCCAAAUCGGCUAACGGGAUGUCAGACCACUACAACAUAUAUUGUAUGUCAUAGCCCAGUUGUUCGCUAUUUAGCUUCUGUAAAACGAAUUAUUAAAAUGGGAAUUCGUUUUUACAGUUCUCAUGAUUUGAGCCCGAAUAUAUUAAAGACUAGAUUGGCCUCGUGAUUGUAUCUUCGUCUUGUAAUAAAAGAGUUUGUAACAUAUUGCCACCUGCUCUGUAACUAAUGAUAACCGUUAUAUUUGAUCACAGUUUAACGAUGGAUCACACUUUCCUGCCUCGGUCCAUUUGGACCGGUGACAGCAAAUUCCUCCAGCAUCCAGCGGACCUCUACACCAGUGUGCUCGUUACGCGCAGCAUCCCUGCAGGCACGUGCUUUGGUCCAUGCGUGCUCCAAAACACCUUCUACGAGACCAUCGCCUUCAUAGCGCAGAAAUCCUGCGAUAAGAGAGCUAAAUCAUACGUGUUCAGGGUGGACCCCGAGGCCAUGCGUAAUUCUGCGCUGGUGAUGUCCUGGCUGCGGCUCGUGCAGGCUGCGCGCAAUGCAGAGGAACAGAACACAGAGGCCUUUCUGAAAGCGGGUCAGCUGUAUGUGCGAACCAUCCGGGAAAUCCGGCAGGAGGAAGAGCUGCUGGUGUGGUACGACCAGGAGCUGUCACACCUACUGGGCUUCACAGACCUGACCAGAGGAUCAAGGGAAGAGUUCAAAUGUGGAAGAUGUAACCAGGUUUUUGAGAACGAGUAUCCUUUCUUGGCUCACUGCCGAUUCCUGUGUACUCAGACUGACACCUGGAGCCGCGAGAUUUACGAGCACAAGCACGUGGAAAUCAAGAGGCAACACCGAGUGACAGAUUUCCACAACAUCGCCAGAGAUUUGGAACACAAAAAAUCUGGCAGCAACGAGGAUGCAGAGAUUUACCCCAAGAGAAGGAAAUACGAGGAAACUCUCUAUCCCAAAGUGCGGAAAACGGUUCUGUUGGAAAAAACUAACAUUUCAAAUGAUGACAAUAUUACACCGCUGAUUAAGGACUACGACCAGUCAGCAGGAAAUGCAUCCUCCUCUGCGGGGAAACUGAAAGUUGAUAAGAUUAAACCGGAUCAUUUGGGAUGUAAGACCGAUAGCUUUACGCACGACAGAGAGAUGGAAACAGGCGAGAGCUCUAGUUUGCACUCAAGAAGCAGCAGCAGUGCAUUUUCUCUGGUCCUGUCCAACAAUCAGCGCGAGCAGAAAAGCGCUUUCUGUAAACCAAGUAAAAUAACGUCCCCUAUUGACCCCCAGGCGCAUCUCAGCAGUGCUUCAACAGCCCCCUCUAGCCGCCUAGAGGACAUGACUGAUUCAUUCACCUCCAGGACUGUUAUGGGAUACAGCAAUCUGAUGGCAUCCAACAUCCUGAGCAGUGACUUACGUGCUGUACCCUCCCCGGUUGCAUUAAACAAUGCUUUCCAUUACGCACCGGAGCACUGGUCCAGGAGCAUUGGCGUCCAGUUGCAGACCGCAUCUUCUCUCACCAUCCUUCCCCCGACGUUCACCUCAUUCGGCGUGUCGGUGCAGAACUGGUGCGCCAAAUGCAACCUGUCUUUCCGCAUGACCUCCGACCUCGUUUUCCACAUGCGCUCUCAUCACAAGAAGGAGUUCGCGGCGGAGUCCCACGUGAGGAGGAGGAGGGAGGAGAAACUCACCUGCCCGAUCUGCCACGAAUACUUCCGGGAGCGACACCACCUGUCCAGACACAUGACUUCUCAUAACUGAGACAAGAAGGGACAAAAAAAUAAAACUUAAUUUAUUUCCUAAACGAUGCUCGUAUUUAACAGGUUUAAACUCCAGAUUCAUCAGGUGAAUGUAAAGUAGCUGUAAAGAUAAUAGCGAAACGGACACACAUGGCCAUCACAGACUGUCCGCUAGAUGACGAUAGAGGUACGUUUAAGCUGAUCUCACUGCGGUGUUGGUGUCUUUCCUUUGGCCCUGUGUAUUAGGUUGAUGUUUAUUUUGUGCCUUAUGGAACUCAGGAGGGAAGAAACACGGAGAGAUCAUGAUUGUCAUAAAUAUCUCAACGCAAUCCUACAAGGGAUGUGGAUUGGGUGUGUAAGAGAUGUGGAUUGAGUGUGUUUGCAGAUUCGUUUUGAAAUCUAAAAUUAUGAAAAUGAAACGGACGUGUCGAGUAUUUUGUUCAAUCAUGUUGGGAGUCUGUUUUUCUGCUCCAACAGGCGGCGACUGAGACCAGCUUUUCUCUUUUUCCUGUAGCGUGUUCAUUAUAAUGAACAUCUAUCAAAUAUGUCUGCUUUGUGACGGCACUGUCCUGAAUGAUACCAGUGUAGUAUGGGAGGGAGUUAACAUAUUGAUCUCCCUGCACUACGAGACAAAACUGUUGUUUAAAAGAUGCAUCAAUAUUAUAUCUGCCUGUCGUUUCAGAUGUUUCACCCAGCAUUUC